AUGGCCGGCCACUUCCGAGCUUCCCUCGCCGGCGCGCCGGGCGCCCCACCCGUCGCCAAGUCCUUCCCCGACCGGCCCCAGUUCUCGGGUUUCAUGAAGCCGUGCCGGUUCGAGGGCGAGGUGCGCAACCUGGAGAUUGUCGGGGUCGUGCCGACCGAGCUGGACGGGACGUUUUAUCGCGUCAUGCCCGAUCCGCAGUUUCCGCCUUUUAUCGAGAACGAUCCUUGGUUCAACGGCGACGGAAAUGUGUCUGCCUUCAGCUUCCACGAUGGAAACAUCGAUUUCAGGCAGAAAUACGUGAGGACGGAGAAGUUCGUAAGAGAAAGAGAAGCCAAUCGAGCAUUAGCAGGAAAAUACCGCAACAAAUACACCGACGCCGUGGAGUUCAAAGUCCGUACCACGGCGAACACGAACAUCUAUUACUUCAACAAGUCCCUCCUCGCCAUCAAAGAGGACGCGCCGCCGUACCUCAUGGACCCCGUCACCCUCGAGACCAAGGGCCUCUGCGACUUCGACGGUCAGCUCCCGAGCCUGACCUUCACCGCGCACCCCAAGCUGGACCCCGUCACGGGCGAGCUCGUGUGCUUCGGAUACGAGGCCAGGGGCGACGGGACGCCCGACGUGUGCUACUUCAGUAUUGAUGCCGAUGGCAGGUUCAACCAGACGGUGUGGCUGGUUGCGCCGGUCGUUGCGAUGAUUCAUGACUUUGCAGUGACUGAUAAUUGGGUCCUAUUCCCCAUGAUCCCCCAAAUAUGCGACAUCGAAAGGCUCAAGGCCGGAGGCGAGCAUUGGCAAUGGGACUCCAAAGUGCCCAUCUACAUCGGCGUACUACCUCGAAGAGGAGCCCAAGGAAGCGACGUCAAAUGGUUCCGCGCACCGAACGGCUUCCCAGGCCACACCACAAACGCCUACGAGACCCCGCAGGGCACGAUCGUCUUCGACCUGCCCCUGACCGACAAGAACGUCUUCUUCUGGUGGCCCGACGCCGACGGCAACGCCCCGGACCCGCACGACAUCCGCGCCGAGUACGUCCGCUUCGAGUUCGACCCCACCGCGACCGCGGACUCCCUCGACCUGCCGACGCCGACCGUCAUCCUCAAGCACGACAUGGAGUUCCCGCGCAUCGACGACCGCUUCGCCACGAAGCCGCACCGGCACAGCUGGUUCGACAUGAUGGACCCGUCCCUCGGGACGGACUUCGCGGCCAUCAUGCCGGUGCUCGGGGGCGGCCACCCGCUGUACAACGCCGUCGGCCAUCUCGACCACGUCACGGGCGAGCUCGAGGUGUACUACCCCGGAUCGACGCACAUGGUCCAGGAGCCGGUUUUCGUGCCGAGGGGGGAAGGGGCUGAGGAGGGGGACGGGUUUGUGGUGGUGCUUGUGAAUAAUUACAGGACGAUGUCGAGCGAGCUGCAUGUUUUGGAUACGAGGAAGUUCACGGCGGCGGCGGCGGUGGUCAAGGUCCCGAUGAGAUUGAGGGCUGGGUUACAUGGGAACUGGGUUGAUGCUAAGGAGUUACGAUAA